CUCGCCUAUAAGGAGGUGCCCAGCGCCUGGCUGCUGCUUCCCGGCUGCACCUCGCAAGGUGAGUCGCCGUGGCAGCAGCCGGGGGAGCGGGCUCGGCUCGGGGGCUGCCGCCGGCGCUUGGAGCAGCUCCUCAGAGGGCCGCGGAGGAGAGUCCCUCGGCUUACUCUGGCCCUGGCUACUCCUUCGCCAGGAGUGCCUGUCUGGAUGCUGGAUGGUGUAAAUGAGCGGAGGAAAAGGGAGCGCACAGAGGCUGAAACGCUCUCGGAGACUGGGGCUGGAGGAGACAGGCGAGUGGCUAGCUUUCCCCUCCGGGGCUGAACAUGGAUUCCCAAGUCCUCGGGGGCUUUACUCUGCUGCUCUUCAGUUUUUGGCACCUCGGAUUAACUGCAACAAACUAUAAUUGUGAUGAUGCAUUGGUAUCUUCGUUACCUUCAACAGCCCUUACGAGUUCUUCCGACCUCUUCAGUACUCACAGUCCCAGCUUUGCGAAGCUCAACAGGCGAGAUGGAGCUGGUGGCUGGUCCCCGCUGGACUCAAAUGAACAGCAGUGGCUCCAGGUCGAUCUGGGAGACAGACUGGAGAUUGUUGCGGUUGCUACACAGGGCAGGUACGGGAGCUCAGACUGGGUAACCAGCUAUACGCUGAUGUUCAGUGACACCGGCCGCAACUGGAAACAGUACAGACAAGACGACACCAUCUGGGAUACAAUUGAAGAUUCUGGUUCACUACUGCUCUCAAAGAAAGUUGUUUUCACAGGGAACAACAACGCUGACAGUGUGGUUCACCACAAAUUGCUGCACUCCACGAAAGCCCGCUUCUUGCGCUUCAUCCCUCUUAAGUGGAAUGCUGGUGGUCGAAUAGGACUGAGAGUGGAGGUCUUUGGUUGCUCCUAUAAGUCAGAUAUUGCAGACUUCGACGGCAGAAGUUCACUCCUCUACAGGUUCAAUCAGAAGCUUAUGAGCACGUUCAAAGAUGUGGUCUCUUUGAAGUUCAAGAGCAUGCAGGGGGAUGGUGUCUUAUUCCAUGCAGAAGGACAGCGUGGAGACUACAUUACCUUGGAACUGCAGAAAGGGAAGCUCUCCUUGCACAUCAACCUGGGGGACUCCAACCUGCACUUCAGUAACAGUCACACAUCCGUCACCCUGAGCAGCCUCCUGGAUGACCAGCACUGGCACUCAGUUCUCAUAGAGCGCUUCAACAAGCAAGUAAACUUCACGGUGGACAAGCACACCCAGCAUUUCCGAACGAAGGGGGAUUCAGAUCACUUGGAUAUUGAUUAUGAGCUCAGUUUUGGAGGGAUUCCUGUCCCAGGGAAACCAGGAACCUUUCAGAGGAAAAAUUUCCAUGGAUGCAUUGAGAACCUUUAUUACAAUGGAGUCAAUAUAAUUGACCUAGCAAAAAGGCGCAAACCUCAGAUCUAUACUGUGGGGAAUGUGACAUUUUCUUGCUCAGAACCACAAAUUGUUCCUAUCACGUUUCUCAGCACCAGUCAAAGCUACUUGCUACUACCUGGCACUCCUCAAAUUGACGGUUUGUCAGUCAGCUUCCAGUUUCGAACAUGGAAUAAAGAUGGCUUAUUUCUGUACACUGAAUUGUCUGAAAAUUCGGGACCUCUCUUGGUUUACCUCCAUGGUGGGAGAUUGACACUACUUAUUCAGAAGGAGACAGAGAACCCAGUGGAAAUCACUGAAGGCACCAAUCUCCAUGAUGGGCUUUGGCAUUCUGUUAACAUCAAUGCCAGAAGACAUCGCAUUACCCUGACACUGGAUAACAAUGCUGCCACUGCUAGCCAUGCAACCACUGCCUCAAGGAUCUACUCUGGGAACAGCUACUAUUUUGGAGGGUGCCCUGACAAUUUCACCAAUUCCCAAUGUUUAAAUCCCAUUACUGCUUUUCAAGGCUGUAUGAGGCUCAUCUUUAUUGAUAACCAGCCCAAGGACCUCAUUUUAGUUCAGCAAGGCUCCCUAGGGAAUUUUAGUGAUUUACACAUUGAUCUGUGUGGCAUCAAAGACAGAUGUUUACCCAACUACUGUGAACAUGGAGGAAAAUGCUCUCAAUCCUGGACCACCUUUUACUGUGAUUGUAAUGAUACAGGCUACAUGGGAGCUACCUGUCAUAACUCUAUCUAUGAACAAUCUUGUGAGGCUUAUCGACACCAAGGGAAGACAUCAGGUUUCUUCUACAUCGAUUCUGAUGGAAGUGGACCUCUUGGACCACUCCGUGUUUUUUGCAAUAUAACAGAAGAUAAGAUCUGGACUGCAGUGCAGCACAACAACACAGGGCUAACCAGAGUCCAAAGAGCUGAUAUGGAGAAGCCGUACACUAUGUUCUUUAAUUACAACAGCAGCGUGGAGCAGCUUGAAGCUAUGAUAAACAGUGCUGAGUACUGCGAACAGGAGGCAGCCUACCACUGCAAAAAGUCACGUCUCCUGAAUACCCCAAAUGGAAUUCCAUUUGCUUGGUGGGUUGGCCGUGCCAAUGAAAAGCAUCUUUACUGGGGAGGAUCUCUUCCAGGCAUUCAACAGUGUGCAUGUGGACUGGAAGAAAGUUGUCUGGAUAUGAGAUAUUUUUGCAACUGUGACGCAGAUAGAGAAGAAUGGACAAAUGACACUGGCCUCCUUGCUUUCAAAGACCAUUUGCCUGUAACUCAGAUAGUGAUCACUGACACAAACAGAUCAAAUUCUGAAGCUGCUUGGAAAAUCGGCCCUUUGCGUUGCUAUGGAGACAGGCAGUUCUGGAACGCCGCUUCUUUCAACACGGAGGCCUCCUACCUGCACUUCCCUACCUUCCAUGCCGAGGUCAGUGCAGACAUCUCCUUCUUCUUCAAAACUACUGCCACCUCUGGGGUGUUCUUGGAAAACCUUGGGAUUAAAGACUUCAUACGAGUUGAAAUAAGAUCUCCCAAAGAGAUCACCUUCUCCAUAGAUGUUGGGAAUGGCCCCAGAGAAGCCACUGUACAGUCUCCCACACCCCUGAAUGACAACCAGUGGCACUAUGUCCGAGCAGAGAGGAACCUCAAGCAAACCUCUCUCCAGGUGGACAGCCUCCCCAAGAAGGUCCUGGAGGCACCUGCCGAGGGGCAUUUCCGCUUGCAGCUCAACAGCCAAUUAUUUGUAGGGGGAACAGCUUCCAGAAAAAAGGGCUUUUUGGGAUGCAUUCGAUCUCUGCAUUUAAAUGGACAGAAACUUGAGCUUGAAGAGAAAGCUAAAAUGACACCUGGUGUUAAACCCGGAUGUCCAGGGCAUUGCAGCAGUUAUGGUAACCUGUGCCAUAAUGGAGGAAAAUGUGUAGAGAAGUAUAAUGGUUACUCCUGUGAUUGUACCAACUCAGCCUAUGAAGGACCUUUCUGCAAGGACGAGGUUUCUGCGUUAUUUGAAGCUGGCACUUCCGUUACGUAUAUUUUCCAAGAACCUUAUCCUGUCACAAAAAAUGCAAGCACUUCAAGCUCUGCCAUUUAUGUGGAUGCUGUCAUAUCCAAGGAAUAUAUUACAUUUAGCUUUCUCACAGCACAUACUCCCAGCCUUCUGCUGUACAUCAACACCUACUUUCAUGAAUAUUUGGCUGUGAUUCUCUCCAAAAAUGGAAGUUUACAGGUCCGAUACAAGCUGAGUAAGGAUGGGCUCCUCAUUUUCACCAUUAACUCUGGAAAUUUUGCCAAUCGAGAGCUGCACCAUGUGAAGAUUAACAGAGAAGGCAGAGAGCUCACUGUUCAGGUUGAUCAAGUUCUCAAACUCAAACACAACUUUUCUGAGAUUGAUUUUAAGGCCAUUAAAUCACUCACCUUGGGCAAGGUCACAGAUAGUUUGCCACUGGACCCUGAAGUCUCAAAGGCAAAUGCCUACGGUUUCACUGGCUGCCUGUCCUCUGUUCAGUACAACCACAUUGCUCCCCUGAAAGCUGCCUUACGCCAUCCCAGCAUUGCUCCUGUGACUGUCAAAGGCUCCUUGACUGAAUCCAGCUGUGCAUCCAUAAUGGAAGCUGAUGUGAACACAGCAACCACGAUAUAUUCCUCAUCAGAUCCUUUUGGGAAGGCAGAUGAAAGAGAACCUCUCACCAAUGCAGUCAGAAGUGAUUCAGCUGUGAUUGGAGGUGUAAUAGCAGUCGUGAUAUUCAUCAUCUUUUGCAUCAUUGCCAUCAUGAGCAGAUUUCUUUAUCAGCACAAACAAGCACAUCGAAGUAGCCAGGCAAAGGAGAAGGAAUACCCAGAAAACCUCGAGAGCUCUUUUAAAGCUGAUAUAGACUUGCAGAACACAGUGAGCGAGUGCAAACGGGAAUAUUUCAUCUGAUGGACAAUGCAAUUUCUUCUUACUCUUACUCCCCUAACCUUCCUUCCUUUAUUCCUUUUUUCUUUUUGUAAUUAUUUUUUUUAAAUAUUCAUUUUUUGCUAACUCCUUUUUCAUUUGGAAAAGACCGCCCUGCACAGGAAACACUGACAACACAGUGCCUCAUUCUGCACAAGAACCUGGCAGUCACAGUUUACUUCUGCAGCUAAAGAGACCUGUUAACUUACCCUACACGAAGUAAGAUCCACAUGCACACCUGGUUUCUGCUGUGGGUUCCUGGUUGUUUCAAAGUCCCUUCAUUUAUUUCUGUUUUUUCUCUGGAGCCAUUUAAUUCAUCACUUUUACACUAGAGCUGGACUAUGUAAAGUAGAGAUAAAGUAGCUGAACACAUAGCUCUGCAGAUACUGGGACAGGAUAGAGGGAAAGAAUGAGUCCGAAAGGCCUGAUCUAUUUUACAGGCUUAUUUACAACAAUCAUAAAGAACUGGCCAAAUUCUCAAAUGAUAUGAUUUGAUAUAUGUAUCUAUUGAUUUCAAUGAUUAAUUUAUACCAGUUGAGAAGCUGGUAUGAGGUAAGGAAAAAUAAAACUGUCCUCAUUAAGCUCCUUCCCACAACCUCCUGUCCUUUUACUGUAACUUUUAGGCUUAUCAGUACUUUUCCAACAAUAUAUAUAUCAACAAUAAAUGUCAUUCCUAUGCACUUCUUUCACCUCCAUCUCAUAAGGCUGGCUAUGUAGACCCAACAUACUCUAGCGUAACUCUAGCUGAAGCAUGGAAAAUAGUAGCUGGAAUCUCCAAGGGUUUUAGGAAGCUGCUAGGAUUUAGGUGCUCUAUAUUUGUCUGAAAUGUUAAAAAUGCAGCAUAUAUCUGUUCAUGCCAUAUGGAGGAUUAUCACACACUGAGGUUAAAUACUGUUGCCACUGUGGCAAAGAAGUACAUAGACAAGAAAAAAACAAAAAUAGUUUAAUCUUAAACAUGAGUCACAUUUUCUGCGAGUUCUAAAAAAGAAGAAUAAUAAAAUCUACCUACUCAACUUCCCCUCCAAACUACAUGAAAGAUUGAUUGGUAUUUCAUGUUUAUAGAAAUUGGAAUAUCUUCUCCAUAGCUAAAUAAAGAGAGGUCUGAUGUCACAUCUAAAAAGGUUAAUAUUUAAUCAACGCUGUUUACAAGGAAGAACAUUAGGGAGGCAAGUUUAAAAAGAUCCCAAAUACUCUACAUUGAAUUAAUCUUCUCUCCUGUUUUUCUAAAAGUCAUCUGUCCUUUCCUGGUUGGGAACAAUACUGAAGACUCAAAUCCUGCCCAUUUUACUUGUGCUGCAUGGUUUCUGUGUGAGGCUAAAAACCCCUUCUUGUCAGUCACAGACAUCCUAAGGGAAAGAAGUGGAGAGAUUUUUCAUACCCUGCUUGUGUCUGUGUGGCAUACUGCUUUCCCAGGGCUUCUGAAGAGUGUGUAGAAUUUGCUGUUAAACUUGAAGGUUUCUGAAAGGAGUUAAAUCCAUUCAAUGGCUAAGACAAAAAAAAAAAGAUAUUUCUUGCAAUAAUCUUAAUAAGAAUUAAGACAAUUAAUUGUGCAGCUGAAUCUAUUUCUUUGCCCCUUACACCCUUCUGAAGUCAUCCUGGGGUUUCCACAUGGCGACCCUUUUUACAUGAAUUAAAAUCAAAGCAGCGCAGUAUGAGGCAAUAACCCACAGCAAACCAGGGAUGAGGUUACAGAUGCAACAGGUACUGUUUUUCCAGGCAGUGCAUCUCAAAGGUAUGUAGCUGGUUAUUUUUUUGAUGGGAGGAGGGAGGAAUAAAUAAAUGGCAGUUUGGAUAUGGUGAUUCUUCACUUCUUUCGGAAGACUUAAUGAGAAGAGGCGUCUGGUGUAGAGAAUGCAAUCUUGGAAUGAUAAUUGCUCUCAAGUGAAGAGGAAUAUGUGAGGCCAGCCCCAUAACCAGAACUCUUAACUAAGCAAUUUUAUAAAACCAUUUAUAUUGAAAUUAGUAUUGGUGCCAUUCUUCCUAGACUGUGGUUAACAGCAGCUCUUUUGCCUCAUGAUGGCAGUUGGCAUGAUGCAAUGUUUAAUGAUGGACUCACUAGCUGUGUUCCCUUUAUGUUGCUCGAUCUUUUGCAGUAAAAUCCUAGCAAAGCAAUUCUCUUCUCUCCUUCAUUCCUUCCUUCCCCCACAUAAAGCUGCUUUGUUUGGCACGGUGGGAGGAGAGGAAUAAGCAAGAACAUGGGCUCCUCUGCUCAUGUUUGAGCCAUCUUAUCUGAAACAGCCUCUGUAUGAGACAUCUCUGAAGUCCUAAUGUACUUCAUUGGCUUUAUGGAGAGUGAAGUAAGAAGGAGGGGAAAGCCCUAGCCAAACUAACAGAUACAGAUUAUCCUUCUGCUUUCCUCCAUGUUAGUUUCCAGAAAUAAAAUUACUACAAAGUGCAACAAUAAAGCACAAAGUUGCUCUAGCAGAAGAGUAGCUGGAAAAGGGAGACUGAACAAUGAAGCAGAGUCCUCUCAUUUCUCAAGUGACUAAAUUACUUUCAGCCAUCUUGGGCCUGAUUCUGCAAGACACUGAGCUUUCUCCAGGAGGAUCAAGUUCCCAUCUCCAACUGUAGGUAUUAGUGUUGCUGCAAACAUUUCAGAUACAGGUCAGUGGCUCAGUCCUGGGCCAGAGAACAGGUGUAGUGGCAUCCUGUGUGCAAGCUCAGACCCGGCAAAACAGUUUAAGUGGUCUGUUUGUCCAUUUUUCCUUAUGGUCAUUUAAUAUAGCCCAGGCUGGUAAGGCUCCUUGAAAAUUUAGCUGUAUUGUUGUGUAUCUGUAAAAAGAAAGAACUGCACAUACAUACAUGCAUGCAUAAGUAUACAGAAACGUGCAGCAAUACCUAUGGAUGUAAUGAGAUGCGAAUAUUUAUAUGCUAAAGGGCUAGACAAAUGAACACAUUUGUAUGGACUUGCGAUUUAAAAUCCUAUCAUCUUCUAAACCAGGAUGUCAAUAUUAUUCAUAUUAAAAGGUAGCUAAAAGAUAGUGUAUGAAGUAAUCUAAUGCUAAUAUUAACUCUGGAUAUUUUUUUAUUUUGGGGUUUUUUUGGGUUUUUUGGGGGGCUUUGUUGUUUGGUUUGGGUUUUUUUUAUUAUGUUUUCUUCAGCAAGGGAAUAAUCUGAUUUAUUUCAGUGCCAGUUAAAGGCAGUUAAAAAUAUUUUUUUUAAAAACAGAAGAAAUGCAAUUUUUAAAAAAAUGUACCAGCAUUAAAAUUGCUUUCAUUUCCCACAGUUCAAAUUAGACCUUUUUUCCCAUCUAAUAUAAACAAUUUGUGCUAUUUUUGCUAAAAUUUUUUUUUAAAUGGUGGGGGUCUUUCCUUUUUUCUUUUAGCUAUCAUUCUAGAUAACAUUUUUCAGUAGACACAGGGUAUAAUAUUUUUUACAUAUAAAAUGUUAGGAUUUAUUUUAAUGGAAAACCUGAGAAUAUAAAAUAGUUUUUUAAGGUAUUAUUUGGUUGGUUGGGUUUUCUUCUCCCAAGACACGUUUCAUAACAAAAGUAAGGGGCUGGUGGAAGCCAAGUCUCUUUUUUUCUCCUGGUCAUAUGGUAACGUCUGAAAAUUAUUACUGGUAGGCAGGGAUUUUUAUGCAAUGAAAUGUUUAAAUCACUUAAAUAUGGAGUUAGGCACUGGAAAUUCUUGUUUUCCAGAAAUGACUUGGCCAGUAACAGCCAUGCUUUUAAAGAUAUUUAGUCAUGCAGAGUCUGAGUUGGAUACCUAGAAGGACUGUCUGAGAAUCCUGAUGUUUGGCUAUAGAAAACAAAUGAAGGCUUUCUGUCAGAAAGCUAAAUUCCACUAACUUUCACUGAGACAUAUGCUGCACCUGAGUGAAGUCUGGGCUUUCGAAGGAGUUUAUACUUCUGAGGAUGUAGACCAAUGCUUAAGUGACUAAACAAGAUGAAUACUUGACUCUACUUAAUUUCAGUUGGGUUUCUGCUUCUGUCUUGCUGUGAAAUAUUUUAAAAUGCUACAAGACAUUUAAAUACUUUUGGAAGUUGAGUCCCAUUUCUCUUUUGGAAAUAAAAUAUUGGUCCUAAGUAAGUCACCUGUGUAAUUUGCAGUAAGUAUUUCAUCUGUCCUUAUUUACUCACUAGAGACAAGACAGAGUGAGUGCUUUGAGUAGAUUUUUAGCAUGUGCACUUCCUUUUAUUUUUCUUGUUCUUGCUGUGGCACGACACUUAGGGCAUAUCUGCAGUGAAAACAAAACCAAACAACAGACAGGCUUUUUACUCACAUUGGCUAAACCAGGAUUCUCAUGUGGGUGAAGGUAGCUGUGAAAACAAGCCAUUUAGGCUGAUAACAAGUGUUACCUAAUUGUGUUCAGUCAUGAGAUUCCCCUGACACCUAAGUUAAAACCAAUAGCAAAAAAAGCAAAUAUGAGAUGAUUUCUUUCUGCUUUAUUUUGACCUGAUCUAGCCAGACUUAACCCAUCCUGUUUAGCUAUUACUCAGUUUUCACAGCGUAAGUCAAAUCCCUAUUUUAAUUAGAUGCUUGUCUAUAUUAGCAUUUAGCUGAUCACAUAUUUAGCAUAUUAGGGAGGAGCAAUCAAUACAUCAUAUAGUUUCACAAUGAUGAGGGGAUAUGAAUCUUCUCCUAAUGAAGUCAGCUAUCGAUUUUGCUGAACAUAAGAUUGAAUCCUAGACCUAUGGAAGCAUUUGAAGAUUGCUUUUAUCUGAGUCCUUUGGGUUUGUUUCAUUUUGCAUUUGGUUUUACAGGCUACCUGGUUUACACUUGUCAUCCAAUCCUGUCCUGUGGUCAGUGAGGACAGGGCAAAUAUCUCAGAUAUCCUUUAAGAUAAAAUAAAUCACUCUCUACAGCUGCAUUUUUCUCUCCACUGAUUAUAGAGUCAGGGUAAGCUUCUGGCAAUAGGUUAGCUACUUCUAGCAGAAUUUGCCUACAUAUAGGAAUUUUACGCUAGUCUUGCAGCUCCAGUAGACACAUUUGCACAGGUCUUAAAAGAGACUUGGUUUUUAUUGAGAUGUCAGCUGGGAUAAAGAAUGGACACCUCCUUGCAUCUCACAUUACACUAGACAUCUCUGCUUAGGAAAUGUAUGCAUCUGCUUAUAGCCAGAUAUGAAAAAUACAUGAAAAAAAGCACCCAUUUGAGUUGGUGGCCAUCCUACCAGUAACCUGCGGGGCAUGAGAGAGGAUUGCUCUCCUUCCAGUCUAUUCUAGAUCCAAGAUCCAAAAUCUAUUCAUUGCCUCAUGUGAGAGCAUUGACAGAUAGUAUACACGUAGGCAAACCUGCACAGAUUUCAUAAUCUAGAGCUAACUCAGCCCCCUAAAAUGCCUUUCUAGCCCUGUGUGUCUCACACCAUUUGAGAUGAUAUAGAGUAUCUCUGCAGCUCCAGUAAAGAUGCAAGUCUCCAGUCUGUGGUGUCUUGCAUCUGCCCCAAGCCUAGCUUGUCUGAUACCUGUUGGUUUUUCAAAUUAUAGUAAUUGCCCAUCCAGAACCCCAAAAUUUUCUCUGAGAUGAAUCACUGAAAAAAAUCCCAUCUUCAGAACAAAAUCAACCUUCCUUUUCUAUUAGUGUAAGCCAAUCAGUUGAAGUGUGUCUUUCACCUCAGCUUAACAAGAGUGUAACAGGAGGCAGAAUUUGACCCCUUUGUGGUCCACCACCUCAUGCCAUUGUUGUUUGUUUCUGUCACCUACACAAAGCUUACACUGAAGAAGACCAGUUUCAGUUAUUUUUCUGCACUGUCAGCUUUUCACAAACACAAAGGGAUUUGGGGUUUUUGCCUUUUUUUUUUUUUUAAUUACUAUUAUUAUUCAGAAAGCAACACUUUGUAAAAGAUUUGCACAAAAGCUAAGACCUUGCGAGGCUAAGACAAGUGCUAUUUCAAAGUUUUCAUGCAGUUUUUGUAAUGCCUACAGUUACACCCCUGCCAAACCAAGGGCCUUAUCCAGUCUCUUGAGGUUGAUGGGAGGCCUCUUGGUUGACUACAGUUAGGGCUGCACCAUGCCCUUGGGGGUUUUGGGGAUGUUCUUCACAAGUUACUAUCAAAGCUUCAAAGUAUGAUUUGUUCCUUUUGGUUCUGCACUUUACUGCACUUCCCUUCCCAAUGAAAGUUCUCCAUGUCCCCUUUUGGUGUAGGUGGUCCCAUCCUCCAUGCUCCUUUUGUACAUGAAACUUAUAAAAACACUCUGCUUUUGGGUCUGAAGUAACUUUUGUUUAUUUUGAGUCAUGCAUAUAGGAUAAUUGGGUAUUUCUAUGUAUUGGUACUUAAUUUUUGUGAUCUUUUGCACUAAUUUACUCUGUCAAAUACAAAAACUGAAAAAAAAACCCCCACACUUUCUGGUGAACUGCCGUAAUUUGUAAGCUAAUUGUUUGUUGUUUGUAAUGUACUGAGUCUACAAGCCGAGCUAAAGAAAGAUUAAGGCAACAGUGUUGACAGUGUCACUCCAUAUCUAGUUAAUCUCUGUUUGCUUUUUCUCUCCUUUAUUUUUCACAUGUGCAGCUAUCAAAUUGGUGGUAGGAAGCAGAGGAUCUUGUGUUACAGUUCUAAUUAAGGUUAUGAUUUUUCUCCUGACAGUUGUAGAAACCAGAAGUUCAAAGAAAUUGCAUGAUUUUCAAAGUGAUGGCCAGGUAUUCUACUAGAAGGGAGACUGCACUCCACCGUGGAGAUGUAGUCACCUAUAAGUGGUGACUUGUAAGGGGGAAUGGGAACAUGAACUCUGCAAAUUAGAGUUGUGAUGACACAGUGCAAGAGGCAAAAGCUCUCAGAAAGUUUAUGCUGUUGGAAACCAGGCAUGGUAACCAUCAGGUGGAUAUGAGGGUUUUAAGUCUUUUUCCACAAUUCAUUUUUGCCAUGGAGUGAGUUACUAGUUAGCCUGCCAAAACAUAGCUUUAAUUGUCCUGAUGAUCUGUAAAGUGUAAGAGAUGUGCUUCAAACAUGUGAGAGGAUUUCAAACCUCUGGCUGAUGCUAAUCUGAAUCUCUCCAGUUAGAAUUUCCCUGAUAUGCAAAAGAAGAGUUGGAGAUGAUUUCCCUCAAAUAAUCAUAACAUUUAAUGAAAUGUUGGGUACAACAGGUGAUCCAAAGAAUGGUGUUUGCUUAGAGACUCUCCUCUUCCCUUCCCUCCCUCACUUAGGAUGCUUGUGGCAGCUUUUUUCUACUGACUGCUGUUCGCAUUACACCAUUAUUUGCUUCUUGAUAUGCUGGUCAUUACUCUCCUCAUGGAUUUCAAUCCCACAACCCUCAAGAGUCUGUCUGAUAUGAUUUCUGCAUGGGAAAUUACUCACUUUUGCAUGCCCUUGUGGUUCUUUCUUGCAUCAUUUAGGCAAACCAUUUUCUGAUGUGUUUUGUCAUUGCUGCCAAUGCUGAGCAGAUGUGUCUAUCAUCAAGAAAGAAAACUGAUUGCUUCUGAGGUAAAGCUUGGAUACAGGCAGUCAGAGGCUCAGAUCUCAUUCACGACACAGAGGAGUACUCAGACACCCAAGCCCGCUCUAUGAAAUUUCAGAUAAGGUUAGGAGAGCAAGCAGGUACAUGAUUUUUCAGGCAUCCAGCCAUAAAAAUAUUUGCUCUGCAAGUUUUGCAAAUUAAAUAUUUAACAUAGACCAUUGUAUCGAGAAGCUAAACACUGUAGUAGCCGAUCUGCUUUGAAGCUUACUUUGUGAAAGAAACAGGGCCAGCUUCAGACCUGGUUGUAAUCCUGUUGAGGUCAAUGUAAAUACAUCACAGAUGAAUUCAGCCUUGGAUUGCCCUAGGCAAGGGCAGUGAUGAUCUCCUGCAAACUGGGGCUGACAUAUAUGAAUUCAAGUCAGGACCUUAUAAUCAUCAUCCCCUACUGCUGUCAACAAGAGUUGCAAUCACUGCAAUUGUGUGUGUCUCCUAGCAGAACUGUGGGUAAAACUUGAGAAUAAGUCUUAUGAGGAACCACUGAGAGAACUGGGGUUGUUUAGUCCGGAGAAGAGAAGGCUCAGGGGGGACCUUAUCGCUCUCUACAAUUACCUGAAAGGAGGCUGUAGUGAGGUGGGGGUCGGUCUUUUCUUCCAAGUAAUAACCAAAAGGACAAGAGGUAACAGCCUCAAGCUGCGCCAGGGGAGGUUUAGAUUGGAUAUUAGGAAAUAUUUCUUCACAGAGAGGGUGGUCACAUAUUGGAACAGGCUGCCCGGGGAAGUGAUGGAAUCACUGUCCUUGGAAGUGUUCAAAAACCGUGUAAUAUGGCCCUCAGUAAUAUGGUUUAGUGGUGGUCUUGGCAGUCCUGGGGUAAUGGUUGGACUUGAUGAUCUUAAAGGUCUUUUCCAACCUAGCUGAUUCUAUAAUUCUGUGAUUCUAUAAAGCAAUGAACUUCAGCUCCACUUAAGCCCAUGACAUGACUUAAGUCACCUUCAGGAGUUUCUGGAAAUGUGUGUAGGGGGAAGGAUAGUCUGUGGAGGUGUGUUGCCAACCAACAUGUGAGCCUACCCACUGACUUUGGAAGGAUUUUAAUGGAGUCCACACCUGGAUGGACUGUGGUAAACUGUAUUCUAUUUAAAAAAUGAAGGUGCCCUAAAAGCAAAAGACAAAAAAAAAAAAAGGCAAAAAGAGAAGCUUCCCAGGCUGUGAAAGCUGAGAUUGAAUGCUCGUAUUAAAAAAAAAUUGGCUCUGUCUACAGAUGAGCCCUUCAUCAUUCAUUUUACUUUAUUCUAUGCAAAUUAUAUUAAAUAAAUCUCUCAGAACAUUGCUCAUUUCAGUAGCAAAACAAAAAAAAAAAACCCCACUUUUUUUUUCUUUUAAUGGUCUGUUCAAGGAUAAUGCAAGAGUCUCUCAGUUACAGUAAAAAGCAAAAUGGAGAUUUAGAUUAUUCCCCUUUCACUGUCUGGUUUUCUGAAGAGAAUUCCACAGGAUGUUGCCUCAGUCCAAGUCAGUUUUGUAGACAAUGUAACAUGUCUUAACUGUUCGGGGAUUGACAAAAUUUAGCCUUAGCUUCUUUUGUUUUCUAUGAUUACUGUUGUACAGAAGAAAGACUUAAACUGUAAGUAAUGUGUAUUUAAUAAAAAGAGACUUUUUGUA